UAAGAUUGCACGAAACAAAGGAAAGGAAUGUUUGAAUUUGUGUGUAUUCCUUUUAUUUAUUUAUUCUUUGGCUAUUAAUUUUCGGUGCUUUUAAGUGCAGUGGUCUUGCAGAGAAAAUUUGUGUGAAACCAAAAGAAAGAAAGAAGAAAUGCUUAAUGGAAUCGGUCAAGUAAUGGAGGAGGAAUUUUACUCCAUCGAAGAAUCGUUUGAUGAUGGGCAAUGUUUCGAUCUUGAUUACGAGUUUGAUGCACCUCGAUGCUUUGAUUUCAGUAGCCCAGAAACUGAUUGGGAGGCUGAAGAAGCAGAGCUCUGGUUCGAUUCAGCUGAAAGCUAUGCGCCUUCGCCUUUUGUAAUAAAGUUGAAAUGGAGAUGUGAUAUAAAUGGGGAUGGAGAAUUUAGCAAUGGUUCAACAGAAUGUGAUGAAUACAGUGGAGAAGCAUGUAAUGGGUGUUGCGGAGGUACUCAGGUGGCUAAAACUGAUAGUCCGGCCAAGGCAUCUCCAUCAAAGAGUUCAACGUUGAUGCAACCUACAGCAAGUUACUUGGCGAAGCAAAACCAAUCUCGAACUGGUCUUUCCAAUCAAUUUCAAAAUAGGUUACACAAGUCUGCUGACAGAUUCAAUAAGAGUGUUUCCUUCAAUGAAGAUGCUACCAAAAGACAAAAGCUGGAAUUUGGUUACUUACGCAAGGUUGCCCAUUUGAAGCAUCAAUCUAAGUUUGAGCACAAGGAACCAAAAACAGUCAGAUCCCUUGAUGGUGUUCCCAGUAAACCUAAAGCCACAAUUCCAAGAGAACCAGAGCUACAAACAGCAAGAAGGGCUCAGAGAAACAUGUCUAAGAAUAAGGAAGAGUCAGAUGAAAGUGCAAAAUCAAAAGUUCAUUCGUUUAAAGCACUCCCCUUAAACAAAAAGAUUCUUGAGGCUCCUUCACUGCCCCUUCCCAAGAAAAGCCUGCCCCAGCCGCCAGAGUUUCAGGUGUUUCAUUUGAGGACAUCUGAGAGAGCCAAGCAGCAUGCAUAUAAUAAUGCAAUGAAAGUAUCUAUGCACGUGUCAACGUCAAGAAAUGAAAACGCCCGCCUCAGAAGCUUCAAUUCUAUCAAUUCACUAAAGGAGGAGAAACAUGAAGCUAUUAAGAAAUCUAAAGCUUGUGCUCCAAAUAAGAAGGUAAGUUCUGGUAAAGGUGCAAAUGGUGUCCUCCAGAAUAUGAACCAAGCAACAGCCACAACGAGGCUUCCAGAUGAACUACCAAUAGAACUACUCAAUAAGCUCUCGCUGUCAUCCGAACGCCAUUCUGGUGAGAAGUCUCAAGAAAUAAUGGCUAUAUCUGAGGGAUUGAAAGAGAAUGAGCCAGGUACUUUACUUCUGCAGCGUCAGAUCAUGAAAGUGGCCAAGGAACUUUUGCAAAGGAAUGGGAGGAUGCAGUACCCAUGUAGAAGGGUAAACAAUAUUGAAAUUGGGCGACAAGAGAACAUUAGUAGGAGAUUGAGAUUGGAUGUAGUUUGAAGUCCCUCGCUGGUUUCGGUCGUCACGCUUCAAAAGCGGGCAAACGUCAAGCAAGUUAUUGUUGACAACAGUGGAUACCUGUUUCUAAAUAAUUGAAUGAUGUUUAUUCCUUGGGAAGAAAAGGAAAA